UAAUUAAACAACUAAAUUUAAAUUGAUCCGAAAGCCUUUUUUUUUUCUUUUUUCGGAUCACCCGAGUGUUGUUGGCUCUUCCUCCUUCCCCCAUCGUCUCUCGAAUCAAAUCCGCGAAAGGAAAACAAAAAUGGCGAAGGCGAGCGCUACCCUCGCUUACCCCGACAGAUUCUACGCCGCCGCAUCGUACCUCGGCCUCGACGGAUCUGUACCGUCCUCCGUGAAACAACUCAGCUCCAAAUUCUCCAACGACACCGCGCUGCUUCUCCACGCGCUUCACAAGCAGGCUACUGUAGGACCUUGCAAUGUACCAAAACCUAGCGCGUGGAAUCCAGCUGAGCAAAGCAAGUGGAGAAGUUGGCAGGGGCUUGGAACCAUGCCCUCCAUUGAUGCAAUGCGUCACUUUGUGAAAAUUCUAGAGGAAGGAGAUCCUAGUUGGUAUCCAAAUCCACCGAACUCUGCCCCAGAGCCUGCUGUAGAUUUCCAAAUCAGUAGCACAAAGGCCGAGGCGAGUGUUGAGAAUGGAGGUUCUUUUGGUGAGACAAUGACGACUGCUACAGAGGAUGGACGGUUGAUGGAAACCCAAGAUAAAGAUGUAGUUUUGGAAAACCCAAAUACUAUUUCUGUGUAUAACCAGUGGACCGCACCAUUUACAUUAGGACAGCCACCAAAAGCUCGGUAUGAGCAUGGAGCAGCGGUUAUUCAAGAUAAGAUGUAUAUGUAUGGUGGAAACCACAACGGGCGUUAUCUGGGUGAUCUUCAUGUUUUAGAUCUAAAAAACUGGACUUGGUCAAGAGUUGAAACCAAGGUUGUGACUGAAUCACAGGAAACAUCAUCUCCAGCAACACUAACUCACUGUGCUGGUCAUUCGUUGAUACCAUGGGACAACAAGCUUCUGUCUAUCGGUGGCCAUGCAAAGGAUCCCUCAGAAUCAAUUCUAGUUAAGGUCUUUGAUCUGCAUACCUGUAUAUGGUCAAUCUUAAAGACAGAUGGAAAGCCACCGAUUUCACGUGGAGGCCAGUCAGUGACUCUUGUGGGAAAAAAAUUGGUGAUAUUUGGCGGCCAGGAUGUAAAUAAAUCGCUUCUGAAUGAUUUGCAUCUACUUGAUCUGGAUACCAUGACCUGGGAUGAGAUAGAUGCCGUGGGUUCCCCUCCAUCUCCAAGGUCUGAUCAUGCAGCUGCAGUGCAUGCUGAGCGUUAUCUUCUAAUAUUUGGCGGAGGAUCACAUACAAAUUGUUUUAGUGAUUUGCACGUCCUUGACCUGCAAACUAUGGAGUGGUCAAGACAUGCACAACAAGGUGAUGUACCAUCUCCACGCGCUGGACACGCUGGUGUGACGAUUGGGGAGAACUGGUUUAUCGUUGGUGGUGGAGAUAACAAGAGCGGGGCAUGUGAGACUGUUGUAUUAAAUAUGUCAACUCUUGCGUGGUCAGUACUCACAUCAGUCCAAGGAGGCGUACCUCUGGCUAGUGAGGGAUUGAGUUUAGUUGUGAGCGCAUAUAAUGGUGAAGACGUAAUCGUUGCUUUUGGUGGAUACAACGGACGUUACAACAACGAGGUGAAUGUUCUUAAACCAAGCCACAAAUCAAGCUUGAAAUCAAAGAUUAUGGAAGCUUCUCCUGUGCGUGAUAGUGUUUCUGCUGUUAACAACGCCACCACCAGAGAUAUUGAGUCAGAGAUCGGGGUGAGCCAAGAAAGCAAAGUACGGGAAAUUGUCGUGGAUAAUGUUAACUCCGGAUCAAAGGUUGAAGGUAAAAGCGAGCGCAUUAUCACAUCCCUUAGAUCGGAGAAGGAAGAACUGGAGGCAUCACUGAGCAAGGAGAAGAUACAAACUCUGCAACUGAAGGAAGAGUUAACAGAAACAGAAACGAGAAGCGCAGAGUUAUACAAGGAACUUCACUCUGUGCGGAGCCAACUUGCAGCAGAACAGUCAAGGUGUUUCAAGUUAGAGGUUGAAGUUGCAGAGGUAAGACAAAAGCUUCAGACAAUGGAAACACUUGAAAAGGAACUAGAACUCCUCCACCGUCAAAGAGCGGUUGCGUCUGAACAAGCCGCCGUCAAUAUGAAUGGCAAACGACAAAGCUCUGGUGGCGUCUGGGGAUGGCUUGCUGGAACUCCUCCGCCAAAAACUUGAUUCCCCCAUUAAGUUUUGUCUCUUCCAUUACCAGCCUCUUCUUCUACAUCAGUAUUUUACCUUUAGAAAAGAGAUAAACAUCAUACAGAAAUUUUGUUGGUACACUUGUCAGAGUUGGUUCUUUACUGAAAAUAAGGUGUAAAUGGGUAUAUCUACAAUCGUAUGAUUGAGCUUUAUUAUUACUGCCGUUUUGAAGAUUUUUAUGUAUGUAUGUAUAUAUAUAUGGUGGUGAAUUGUGCUUGGAUUAAGUUACUGUUAUAGAGUGUAACAUGAUUUCAUUA